AUGUUCAUGAUCGACAAACUUGAUGUCUUGAAAAAGAAAAUUGAGAAUGAAAAUGUAGCGCACUUCCACUCAUUUAAUGUCAUAAUUCCCUGCAUCUCAAGAUCUCCAAUUGAAAAGAGAUAUCAAGAUUUGUACACGAAUGGAAAGUUUAGGGAAGUUCAGCAACAACUUGCCCGCAUUAUUGACUUAGAUCCAGUUUUACUCAAGGUGGAUGGUACCAUAAAGACCUAUGUAGUGGAGGAUGAAGUUUGUCUCGAAGAGUUCACUAAAUUGGUUACACAUUCAGUGAUCUUUAGUCAGGAAGAUGCAGCUGUCAAGUGUUCUUGUGGGUUAUUUGAAAUGAGGGGGAUAGUGUGCCGGCACAUCUUCGCUGUGUUCAAAUGUAAUGGGAUUAAAUCAUUGCCUGAUAGGUACACUUUAGAUCGAUGGAGGAAGGACAUCAAAAGAAGAUACAUGUUAAUCCACAGCAGCUACGACACAGUACAGCAACAGGAGGAUUCUAUAGCUUAUUCAAGUCUUUUGAACAUAUGUUAUAAGAUGAUUACUCAUGCUGCGGGUUCGAGAGAACAUACUUUGGAUGCAACUAAUAAGUUGCAUGCAAUGAUUAACCUGUAUUCUGGCAAUCAAGAUCUCCUAUGUUGUCCCAAUGUUGAUGGUACUACAAAUGUUUCAGCUACUGUUGGUUCUUCAAAACAACGAGAUGGAGAAGAUACACCGAUCAUAGACAUGCGUAAGAAUUUAUUUGGCUUUGAGCAAGCUGUUUGA